CACACACACUCUCUCUCUCUCUCUCUCUCUCUGUCUCUGUAAUUUUUCAGUAAGUACUGCCAUCACCAUAAAACGAAGUGAAGCCCCCCUUUAUUUAUAGCUCCCCUCAGCACCCAAACCCUAACAAAUCACACUCUUCAUUUCUCUCUCAAGUCUCAUCUUCUACUACUGCUACUACUACUGCUACUCUGGCUCUCCCAACCAUGGAAGCUUUCAGUUUGCUCAAAUUCUGGCGAAAUGCCGCCGGCGGAGGAGCCUCCGACACCGAUGCAGGCCAUCAGCCGAUUGAAUCCGAUGAGGAAGAAGAGACUUUCUUCGAUUUGGAAUUUGCUGUGCCAGGUUCUGACGAGAAGGAAGACAAGGACGACGGUUCUGACACUGACGAAGAUUCGUACAACGAUUUGGCUAAAAAGGAUGGCGUGAUCGAGUCCGAUUUCGUUGAAUCUCCUAACGAUGUGUUUUUUAAAGGAACCAAGCCUCUGUCUCCGAUUUCGUUCCUGAGAUCUCCGCCGAAGUUUCGUGUGUUUAUGCUGUUUAAGAAGCCGAAAUUGGAGAAAAUCGAGCCCGCCGAUGCUUCGCCGGCGACUCACCAGCAGAGCAAGCGUUUCGCUGAGAAAUGUAAGGUUGAGGAGGUUCCGAUUUUCUCACUGCUUGCGAGAGUGAACAGUUCGAGAAGCAAUUCACGGAAGCAGAGCUCAGAGAACGGUUCGUCGAAGCGUUUCGCCAAGGAUGUCGUCCAGAAGUAUCUGAAGCUGAUCAAACCUAUCUACGUCAGGGCUUCGAAGAGGUACACUGAAAAACAAAAGUUCACAGAUGAUUUUUCUACUUCCUCGACUCCAUUGUCUUCUCCGGCUGCAGCACCAGUCCGAUCGCCGAGAAAACAAGCAGAGAAACACGGGAGUCGACAAGCGCCUCUUCGAGAGGUGUGCAAGCAUCUCGGAAAGAGCCGAUCGGCUUCGUCGGCCGUCGGAAUCAUACCGCCGGUAGCUUCCAGAAGAGACGAUUCGCUUCUCGAACAACACGAUGGGAUCCAGAGCGCCAUUCUUCACUGCAAGAGAUCAUAUAACUCGUCCAGAUCCAGAGAUUUCUCUGCUGUGCCACGAACCGUUAGCAAACCUUGCCACGAGAUCUCAGUUAUCAAUCCAUCUAGAAAUUCCACAGAGGAAGUGAAGACAAGAAUUAGCAUUUGAUUUGAAUCCUGUGUUUGAUCAGAUUUUGAUGAAAGAGAAGGAAAAAAAGCGGGAAAAUGUUGAUCAGGAAGAUUAGGAAUUAGAUUUUUGUGUAGUAAUGAUGAUGAUUAGAUGAACAACAUCAACAUGAAGUGUUUGCUCUGUUUUAUGUGAAAUUAAUUAGUAUUAUAUAUAAUAUAUAACGUUUAUACGUAUAUAUAAAGUCACUUUUGUAUUUUGGUUUGUUUUUGUGGAUCUUCAUGUUGGAGAGAGAAAAGAGGAACAGGAGGUUUCACUAGUAAUUGUCUGUAAAGCGACUGAUCAUUAUCAAAAUAUCGAAAUGGGAAACUGAAAGAAAUGAUAAAA